CAAAGCCCUGAAAGUCCAGUCGGAUCAGGGCUGUGCUGACAACAACGGACCCAUUGACCUGAUGGAGGAGGUGAGGGACAUCGAGGCUCACCUGAAGGAGGAGGCCUGGAAGGGGGUACAUGAGGUGAAGGCCAUGGGCAGGAGAAGUUUGGGCUCGGACAUGUCCAUGGGGGAAAUAGCCACCAGCUCUCUGGGAAGCCUGAGCUCAGUGGAUAUGAACACCCCUGCUGAGCUCCGUGACUACUUGGAUGUUGGGACCCCGGUCAAGUUGCGUGACAGCCCACCCAGGCCUGCUCACCCUCCUACCAAGCUCAGGAGCAAACAGCCUCGGCCUAUAAGGUUCCUUAGCCUGCCAAAGGCUGCCACCGGCUCAGACAAGAAGGCAGCCAGUGAGCCAAAGGGUCAAAUAAAGAACCAGGCCAGAUUGCAUCCCCUGUCCAACCCAGAGCAGGCCCUGACUAAGACCUUCAAGCUGCUCCACUCUGCCUCUGAUGACUGGGAGAAGAAGAUCGAGGGCUUGACCUCUCUCCGUGUGAUGGCUCAGAACCACAUGGACAUACUGAUGCCUAAACUCCAUGAUAUCUGCCUUGCCAUUAUAAAUGAGGUGAAGAACCUGCGCUCUGCAGUGUCCUGUGCUGCCAUGGCCACACUGGGUGACAUGUACGUUCACCUCCAGAGGGCCAUGGACAGUGAGGUGGAGGGGACGGCACGCGUGCUGCUGCACAAAGCCAGCGAGGCCAACACCUUCAUCCGGCAGGGCGCCAACUUUGCCCUGGGUCACAUGGUGCAGAGCUGCACCCCUACACGUGUCAUGAAUGCCCUGCUGGUCGGUGGGCUGAGCCACCGUAACGCUGCGGUGAGGAGCUGCACUGCUCAACACCUGGAGAGACUGGCUGAGGUCAUGGGGACGGCUCGUCUCCUGUCGGGGAAGAAAGACCUCACUGACCGUUUCUUGAUUGCCGUCAGUAAACUGUCUGUGGACCCGGCACAGGAAGUCAGGCAUCAUGGUCGCAAUAUCUUGAGCAACAUGGCCACCAAUGGUGACUUUCCUAAAAUGUGGGACAAAUUCGCUCCGAGGAAAGAGAGAGAAUCCUUGAGGGAGGUCAUCUCAAAGGUUAACCUCAAAGAAAGGUACAUUCUCUCUGGAUGAUUAGAAGAAGUGUGACAAAUGAGCUGAUAUGAUUACAGAAAUCCAAUCCCACUGGGCACAGACAUCAGAUCAAUGUCUAGUUUUGAUUUAAAUUUGGGAACUCAACCAAAAUGUGAAAUCAACCAAAAAUGUUUGUUAAAAGUUGGGUGAAAAAAAAGCCAAGUGUAUUUUCCAUGUUGAUUUUAUUUAUUUAACUAGGCAAGUCAGUUAAUAACAAAUUCUUAUUUUCAAUGAUGGCCUAGGAACAGUGGGUUAACUGCCUGUUCAGAGGCAGAAUGACAGAUUUGUACCUUGUCAGCUUGUGGGUUUGAACUUGCAACCUUCCGGUUACUAGUCCAACGCUCUAACCACUAGGCUACCCUGCCGCCCCAUUCAUCAAAUAGAUUUUUGUUGUUGUUGAAAUGAGGUGCAAAUAACGUCUAUACAACCAGUUUUGGCCCAAUGGGAUACAUUUAAUAUACUGUAAGAUUUUAUCUUUCUCUCUUUUCUCUUUUUCAACAGGAAUAUCUGAAUAAUCCCCAAUUUUACGAUAAAUUUGUAUCUAAAUAUUUGCACAUUUCCCAACUUGACUAUUAUCCCCUCCAGUCCCCAAACUCCAAUAUUUUUGCUCAUUCUAAGAUAUUUGACACCCUCCUCCAAACCCCGAUGUAAAUGCAUAUUUAAACUGCAUUGACUCCUUGUCCAAGUCCUGAAUCCACUAUAAGGCAAUAUGAACCACAUUCAAAGCACUAAAUUACCUUUCCCCGAAGCUCCUAUCUGAUCUACCAGCUCAAUAGUGGUCUACUGAAACCAUACUCACCAUCUCAGGGGUGCUCAGAUCAUCAACCACUGACCUCCACACCAUCCUCAAAACCAGCAGUCCUCUUUUGGAGGCAGAUUGGUCAGUGCUCCUGUAUGGCACCAACAUUGUGGAUUUUCAUCCAAUACUUCUGGACUAUGAGAACAUUCUUUGGACAAUAAAAUUAGGUAAAAUGGAAGCUGGCUCCAGUCUCAGUUUUAUCCUCCAAGACAGUGUGAGGAUGUGUAACAACAAUACCUGUGGUUUAACUUGAUGAUCAGGGCCAGAUUACCGAAUGGGCACGCAGGGCACCUGCCCUGUGGGCCCCGACCUCCAGGGAAUAUCAUCAUAAAAACUAAAAGUAUAGUGGAUGUAUAUUACAGUACGUGGACGUUUUACAAUUUGUGAGCUCAUUUCAUAUGUAGUAGCCAUGUUUUAUAUACAUUUUUGCAUAUUUUGUAGAAAUCUGUGAGCAUUUGAAAACAUUUAGUGGUGAUGUUUUAUAUCAAAUUGCUUACUGGUGCUCUUCCAUGCCGUCCCUCGGAGGGGUGUGUCACUUGAGUGGGUUGAGUCACUGACGUGAUCUUCCUGUCUGGGUUGGUGCCCCCCCUUAGGUUGUGCCGUGGCGGAGAUCUUUGUGGGCUAUACUCGGCCUUGUCUCAGGAUGGUAAGUUGGUGGUUGAAGAUAUCCCUCUAGUGGUGUGGGGGCUGUGCUUUGGCAAAGUGGGUAGGGUUAUAUCCUGCCUGUUUGGCCCUGUCCGGGGGUAUCGUUGGAUGGGGCCACAGUGUCUCCCGACCUCUACUGAGUCAGCCUCCAGUAUUUAUGCUGCAGUAGUUUAUGUGUCGGGGGGCUAUGGUUUGUCUGUUAUAUCUGGAGUAUUUCUCCUGUCUUAUCCGGUGUCCUGUGUGAAUUUAAGUAUGCUCUCUCCAAUUUCUCUUUCUUUCUUUCUCUCUUUCUUUCUUUCUCUAUCUCGGGCAACUGAGCGCUCCUUGCUGUCCACAGUCCACCUGGCUGUGCUGCUGCUCCAGUUUCAACUGUUCUGCCUGUGGCUAUGGAACACUGACCUGUUCACUGGACGUGCUCCCUCUCCCAGACCUGCUGUUUUCAACUCUCUAGAGACAGCAGGAGCGGUAGAGAUACUCUGAAUGAUCGGCUAUGAAAAGCCAACUGACAUUUACUCCUGAGAUGCUGACCUGUUGCACCCUCGACAACCACUGUGAUUAUUAUUAUUUGACCCUGCUGGUCAUCUAUGAACAUUUGAACAUCGUGGCCAUGUUUUGUUAUAAUCUCCACCCGGCACAGCCAGAAGAGGACUAGCCACUCCUCAUAGCCUGGUUCCUCUCUAGGUUCUGGCCUUUCUAGGGAGUUUUUCCUAGCCACCGUGCUUCUACACCUGCAUUGCUUGCUGUCAGGAGGAAUGGGCCAAAAUUCACCCAACUUAUUGUGUGAAGCUUGUGGAAGGCUACCCGAAAUGUUUGACCCAAGUUAAACAAUUUAAAGGCAAUGCUACCAAAUACUAAUUGAGUGUAUGUAAACUUCUGACCCACUGGGAAUGUGAUGAAAGAAAUAAAGCUGAAAUAAAUAAUUCUCUCUACUAUUAUUCUGACAUUUCACAUUCUUAAAAUAAAGUGGUGAUCCUACAUGACCUAAAACAGGGAAUUUUACUAAGAUUAAAUUUCAGGAAUUGUGAAAAGGAAUUGUGAGUUUAAAUGUAUUUGGCUAAGGUGUAUGUAAACUUUAGACUUCAACUGUAGGAAACAAUGGUACGACCUCAGAGUUCCACAAGCAAUUUUUUGUUGUUGUUUACGUUACAACGUGGGCAUGUCUCAUUGCCAACAAUAGUGAAGCAGGCAUUGUGACGUAGAACAAUGGGCUGGGAAUAGAACUUUCGUAAAGCGAGUUGGUGCCACGGUGCUCAAUAGAACUAAUAGGAGCUGGCAGGGUGAAAAAUGCUCUAAAAUA